UGAUGUUAUAAGUCUAAAAUUAUAUUUAUUUUAUUUUUAUUUUUACAGUACAUAUUGUAGGUACGAGUGAGUAUUUUGUGAAACAUUUAAAGAUUACUCGGUACUAUUAAAAGUGAUAACGAAACAGGUUUUUUUAAGAUUAAUUAGUUUGACGAAUUUUAAAUCUGAUUAGUAUAUAUAGAUAGUUAUAUCAAAAAUAGGUGUCGUACCUACACGACCGAUAAACACAUAAAAUAAUGUGCGACGUCGUUAUCGUAGAACGUGUUAGCUGUAGUUUUGAUUAGUAUACUUUUGGCUUGAAUUCCAGUAGCGGUUUGUAUGAUUGGUUGAUUUGACCGCGAUACAGCGCGGUUUCUUACACUUACGAAUCCCAACAACCACGACAAAAAGUCGAUCUAUUCUAGAAGAUCUAAUUUUACUAUUUACAUUAACAUUUAUUUUAUUCAUUUAUUUUUAUCAUUUUAGAUUUUAGUAACCCUGACACCAGGGUUGAUGAGGUUGGUAAUUCACCUCACAACCCACACGAUAGAAGAAGAUUUACUUUAACAUUUUAGAAAAACAAACAUCUUGUCUGGAAGAGCUCGUAGGCACUCAAGAGCUCUACUUGUAGAGGAAAAUGGACGAAAACCAAGUGACCGUAUCAUCACGCAAAUAGCACCUUACUGUACGUUAGCGAACGAUUGCAUCACGCCCGGUAAAGUUCGAAAGUACAAUUGCCUCAAUGUUACAAGAGCAAGAAAGAGAGCACUUUCGCACGGUACCGACGCCGAAAAUGCGGACAGAGGCAUCCGUGGAGAAGACUCCGUUAUAUAAAUAUUAAAAAGAAAAAUUUUAACACAAGUUAAAAAAGAAAGAAAGAGGCCGAAACGGACCGAUAGCAAUCAAAAUCUAAUAACUACAAAUUAAAACUAUAUCAUCUUCCUACCCUUAUCCCGUUUUUUUUUUACAUGGUCCGCUUACUUAAUCUGAAGAUUUGACAAAUCUAGUUUUUUACAGAAGCGACUGCCUGUCUGACCUGCGAAGGGAAAACGUACACAUUAGGUCACAUUCCUCCGAAGCGGAUCUCUCGGGAAAAUGGGUUUCCUCACAAGGUUUUCCUUCACCGCUGAACACACGAUAAUAAUUUAUGAUCCAAACAUGGUUUAGGUCCGUGUUAGGAUUCGAACCUGCGACCUCACUCUGAGAAUCAAGCGUUCUUCCAACUAGGCUACCACGGCUAUUUGCAAAUUAAAACAAAAAAUAAUAGUAUAUUUUGUAAUGUAGUACACAAUUACAAUUACAAUAACAUCAAUUCAUAAUCUAUUGGUGGUAGUAAAUCACAGACAAACAUCGACCUCGACUUAAUUAAAACUGAUAUCAUAAUUAUUUGGUAUAACAACACAAUACAGGUAAUAACAAGUGGGUAUGUAGGUAUAUGUAGUGUAGUUUUGGUAUAAGUUUACUAAAAAAUAUCUUCUUCCUCAAAUACGUACUGACCCCAUAUAGCACGACACCCACAUUGUCAAUGUUGCCAAUGUUGGACAAUGGACUCCCUUUAUCCCUUCAAUUUUUCCAAGGCCAUGGUAAUUUCAUCACGCCCUCUGUCUAGUCUUAAGGUACUUAAUUCAUGAUCAGGCGAUCUAAAAGCGGCCUCACCUUGUAGGUAAUAGUGCUAUUUGACAAAUGUCAAAGUGCAUUAAUAAAUUGCUGCGAUGUGACUUAUUUGAUCCCCCAGAUCACUUGGUAGUAAUUUUGACUACAGGUCAUUGACAUUUCAUUCAAGGAAUCUGAGGCUAUGAAGUCCUGGCCUUUAUCAAGUCAUAUACCAAAAAAGGUGUUCUUUUUAUUAAAAAAUUCGUCUCCACGUCAUCGUGGCGGUCAAGGCUGGCACUCGUUUUCACUUUCCGCUACCAAAACAUUUUCUCCGUACUCUCACGCCGCGCUAGAUUCAAAUCGCAGUAGGACGCUGAGAAAUGGAAGCGCGUGCGCCGUGAUACUACUGUACAACAAAUAUUAUGAUGGCGCUUAAAUUGCGCACGAAACUUGCUUGGAACGUUCGCACGGGUUGUUUUUAAGCUAACGCAUGUUAAUUUUACUUAAUUUUACAGUACAUACGGAAAUGUUAUUAUAAACUAAGCUACAAAUAACUUACUAUAGAGGGAACUGCUGUAUACUUUUAUACCUAAAGCAUACAUAUUACAUAGAGACUGAUUAUUAAGUAUACGAAGCGAGUCAAGAAUCUCAUUAAUAAUCCUGCUCUGGUUGAGGUGCCUAAGGCUGCUUAGCUUCGAGCACCAGCGCGUCGCAUGGUUGCUUAUUUAUCAGUAUAUUAUCGAAUACAUAUCGGCGACUAUGCAUUGGAAUUACACGAAUUAAUUGGCAACUAGACAUGAGCUGGGAUCCCACCCUUAUCAACUUCUACGAAGCAUUUCGCUUCCUUAUACGAACGGUUAAGAAUUGGAAUUCUGUACCAGUGAAUCUGUUUCCCGAAAAAUACAAAGAUAUAUAAUAUAUAUAUAUAUGACAAUAAACGCAUAACGCAUGAACGCGGGUAGGUGCAUAUAUUAUAUACCUCUGCCUACCCCUUCUACGAUACAGGUGUGAUGUUAGGUAUAGAAAACUGAAGGGGAAAAUCCGCACAAUCAAGACCACAAGUAAAAUUCAUGGAAAAUGAUAACCCGGAAGAAAUAAAAAAUAGAGAAUCACAGAGAAUAAUAUCAGUAAAAGAUGUAAUGCCUAUCUCAGGUUAAAACGUUCAAAGCUUGUAAGGAUAAAAACUCUCCUAUUCAAAAGUCACACAAAGUAUAGAGAAAAAUCUUAAAACUGGCUGAAUCCCUAUUUUUUUUUUGGUUUAAUAACUAAUGAUAUCAAUAUUAUAAUAAUCAUUAUACUCUUCUCCCAAUGAAGUAAAAUCAUACAUAAUAAAAAAACAUCUCAUUGUAAAACGGGCAAAAUAAUGUACAACGCCAUCUCUUACCCCGAGAGAAAACUACAACGUGUCUAAGAACGCUUCAAAGCUGAACUCUAGCAUUGGUAGAGCCAAUGUACGCUCUCUUGUACAAGUAGUCUCUGCAAGUGCUGUAGUGAUUUUUUUAUUUGGCAACUAGAUGGCGCUAUAGGUAAUAAAACUAGCUAGGAUAGAGUCAAAAUGUUGAUGUGCUUACCGGCAGAUUGUGUACCCGAGAUACCUGAUACGUAGGUAGGUUGCAAUUUUUAACGGCUUUCUUAAACAUUUCAAAGUUCUAAUUGAUAAACUAGGAACUUUUACAAAACAUUAUUUAAAACUUUAUUGGUGAACUAACACUUACAAUUUAUAAAUAAAUAGCUCUAAAUCAUAUUUUUUGGGUAAAUAUUUUAGGCAGAUAGCCAAAUAUAAUAUUUUUUUACAGUUUAUUUUAUUUCACGAAUCGUAAAUUAAGUUUUCAAAGUGACGGGUUCACAUUUCUGUAAAUACGCAAUCAAGAUCAGUCUAAAGGGAAACGUACUUAUAUUUUUAACUCUGAAACGAUAAAAACGGAAAAACGAUUGUUUAUCUCUGUGCAAGUAGAGCAAAGAUGGUUAUAUAACAGAAUGAAAUACGUUUUACGCUCUGAAAGAUAACAUACACGCAACUAAAUACAAUAACACUUACAUGCGAGCUACGAGACGACAUAGUAGAUACAAAGUGGACAACAAGCCUACCUUAUACCUACUUUCUUUAAGGUAUAUCUUUAAAGUAUCAGUUAACGAAAUUUUACUUGCUAUAUUACAAGUAUUGAAGGAGUCUACUAAUAAUUAAGAAAAAAGAAAAGAUAUAAGAAAAAAGUCGUACAAGGUACGUCGUUAAUCCUUUCAAGAAACACAUCUCACGUAUGGGUAGUGAGAUCAAUGACAGAUCUCAUCAACCCUGGUGACAGGGUUAUCAUUGAGCCGUCAAAGGCCAUAACGCUUAACGUGCCUUCCGAAGCACGGAUCACCGUACCUACCAAACUAGGAUCACAAAGUGAUUUAUGUGAUACAUCGGAAUUCGAACCCGGCUCCUGCGGAUCGUGAGCCAGACGCUCAACCACUGGACCACGAAGGUCGUUAGUGAGAGACGCCUACAGAUACACUCAUGGCAUUUACUUCUGUUAUGGUAGGUAGAGCUAGAAUCGUCUAAACACAAGUUGCAACCACGAUUGUUCACAGAUUUAUUUUGUAUGACGUGUAUUACUUCAGUUUUUUUUUUUAUCUUAAAUAUUAUUUCCAAAACAAAAGUUUUUAUACUUUUACAAUCUCCUUCAACACUUUCACUGCCGAUGGUAUUAUUGUUGUCAAGUCGAUGUUGUUGCAAGUGCACAUAUUACAUGCGCGUUACGUGUUGAAAUGGCCGAUGCAAAUUGCUGCAUUGUGAUGCACAUUUCUACUUGCUCUUUUAGGAUGCAUCCGCAUAGAAAAUUUGCUUUUACUGAAAUCACAUUAUCUGGCUGCUUACCUUCUUGAAAUGCAUCUAGUUGAAUAAGUUUGCUUGUACUUUCUUGGCUUGUUACUAUUUUUCUAUUGCAUUGUUUUCGCAGUUUAUUUUACAUGGCGACUCUAAAUAUCCCUUCGGUAGUAUUCGGUUUGUUUUCGUGGAGCGCCCCGGUUGGAUCACUAAUACGUGACUUACACCAAUGAGUUUUAAAUUAUACACGGCAAAACGGCUCAUCUGAUAGAUGGUUGCUCAGUACGUUAGUAUUAAGUAUGUGCUCAGGUGAAGCGUAGCCACUCAAUUCAUGUUGCGGGAAUAUCAUCUCGGGAAUAUAGUCGUAAUUUUAUGUUAUGAAAUAUUCCAUUUUAGAAAACGAUCCAAUCUCAUUCAAAAUCCUACUGGGAUAAUUGUCAAAGUUGUCAGAAGUCGCUUUUAGCAGUUGUAAGUGAUUUGUAUGCUUUGAUGGAUAAUGAACAAUGAUUAAAUAAUGAAUACCUGCUGACAAUUACAACUCAUUCAGACAUAUUCGAUAUAUUGGACGGGACUAGUGUUGCCAAAUAAUCGAUUAUUUCCUAAAUAAUCUAAAUACCUAUAUGCCUAUCGAUAGCCGAGAUACCAUCAAUUAUAUUGCAAUAAUCGAUUAAUCGAUAUACAGUCUAUUAUCGGGCAACACUAGACGGAGCUUAGCUAACUUCUCCAGCAUUCGUAAUAAGUUGCAUCAAACAUUAUUUAUAUUUCCAUCCCUAACUAUGCAUGGAAUAGAUUGUACCUUACCUAAGCACCUACCCUUGGGUAGGACUAAAAUCCUGAUAUCGCAGUAGUACCUACUAUAUUUUGAAUUUUGUACAGACUCAGGCCACUGCGUGUGUAAAGAUCUAUUGUGGCCGAGAAUGUUUUAUUUACCUUCAAAACGGGGUCAGUAGCAAACAAUUCAUGUUGUAAACGUUAUGUCACUGUCACCGAAAUGCAUGUGGUGUUCCAAAUAAGAGAUGUAACCAUUACGGAAGAUCGACACCAGUACCGACUGUUCCGCCAGGCUUAUCGUCAACGCUGCAUCUAUUGUGACCGUCGCCGGUAUUACUUUCAUAUAGAAUAAUCUUUUUAUCUAUUAAGUCAGAAGAGCCACCGUAGAAACAAGUAUCUGUAGCAAAAGUAUUUUCUUGUUCGUCAGUGUUUGUGGGUUAAACUUAAAUGCCGUAACCUCCCGUUGGCACCUAUAAUACAUUUUGAUAAAAUUAUGUUUCACUUUUGUAAACCUCUCGUAAAUUAUAGAUAACAAAGAAAAUAGUAAAUAUAUAAUACAAUACAAAAACUCUUUAUUGCACUUAAAACAUAUUAAAAAUACAUUAUUAUAAUUAGAUAGGUAGAACAACGAGCGGCCUUAUUGCUAAGAUAGCCUUCUGUGUUUGUAUUUGAACUCGUAUGAAAUGGUUUUUAUACACUAGUCGAAUGUUUUGUGUUAUUUUAAGUAAGUAGUUCUAUAUCAACAGUAGUAAUUUAAUAAAAUACUCUACCAAGUGUAGAUUAUGAAGUCCGACAAAACUUUAUGUCUUAGUUAAUUUAAUCUCACUGUUAGUAACCAAUUUUUAAGGGUAAGUAACUAACUGUCAAGCACUUUAAAAAUACCACACAAGUUUCAACAUAAAAAUAUCCAGGGCGCCACUAAAAAGCAACAACAAUAGCGCCAUUAGCGGAUGUCAUCGUGCGUGCGAAACAAAAGGACGGGAAGAGAUAUAACUGUGGACUUGGCUGCCCGGCUUGAAUACUACCUCGAACUACGGCCCGACUACCUGCUUCCUCAGUCAGUACUAUCACAAACCCCAUACAAGAUGGUCGGGAUCGUCAUACUCCUAUCCUGUGUCAUACUAGCUUCGGGAGAACAUUCCGGCGCGUACUCGUCUCCUCAAUACGCGAAGAAAAUGUACCCAAAAGGAUUUGACACCAACGCCCUGCUGCCUCGAGAGAAACCUCCCGUAGUCUUCAAGAGGCAUACGGAUUCCAUCGACAGGUUUGACAGCGAGCAUAAUGAGACGUCAUACGGGAGGUCUUCCUUCCUGGACUCUGCUGGCAACUUCCUCAGCGGCUCCGGCGGCCAGUUAGUAUCGACCCUGGCUAAGGACUUCAUUGCAAGGUCCACAGGGAGCAGCCAGGUUGGUUUUGACUGCAUAUCGCAGGUAUUAAGCUUAAACUUGACUAACUUGGUGAUCCUGAUCGUGCUGAAGGCGUUGAUCCUAGCUGCGGGGUUCUUCGGCGCUGGCGCAUGGAAGGGGGGACACCAUUACGCGAGAAGCCUUGACGACAACAAAAACGCGACGUACAUAACGGAAGACGAAAUUCUGCUAUACCUGAGCUACCUGUCAGGCCAGCAGAGCAAGGACUACGGGUGUCUGUAUCGGUUGUCAUGCCAACGACCGCAGCAAGCUGCUCUUUACUCCUCGGGAGCUGAUCUGCUGCUGCAAGGAGCUAAACUCAUGCAAAGCAACAGCAUCGAGCUUCACGAAUACGAAGACAUUGCGAAGGGCAUCCGCGAAGCAGCCGCAUGGGGCGAAGAUGGACAACUUUGCGACAAACGCUACACAUGCGGGGAUAAUUAGCUCUAUCUCAUCAAUAAAUAAGGCUGAUAAGGCGCACUUUGAGUCCAUGUUCUUAUAAACUCGUCUAAUGCUUUUUUUGUUGUAAGUACCUACGUAUUUCCGUACCUUUAAGAAUUGGGUAGUUUCCUAGAUCAAAGAUAAAUUAUGAAAUUCUGAUUACUAAAUAAAUAGAGACCAAAAGAUGACAAAAAACUUUUUCUUUUUUCUAUCUUAAUAUAUUUAUGAAUUCUAAUAAAGGAAAAUGUUAUAAUAUGUGCGACAUUUUGUCAUGGUUUUCUAUGACAUCACAGGUUCAUGCAAAUUCCGUAGUAAUUUCGUAUUUUGACAUUUAGUAAAAAAUAACUGAUUUGACUUGUUGGAAACUACCCUAUUUUCAAGUACUAUGAGAGUGCGCACUUCGGGCGCGAUUUAGUCGUCGUAGACAAGUAUUUAUAUACGUAUAAGUAUGAUGUAAUUUCGGACGAAAACAUGUCUAAAGUGCGGCUUGCCUAGUUAGUACUAACUAGGGUCCUUUUAGAAGUCUAUGGUGCAGUAAGGUCGCUAUGGAGUUGGUUUGUUUAUUGACGUCAUCUUCAAUUAAUUACUCCCUUAAGUUAUUACAAUUAUAAUUUCUAGCGUUUUUAUUUUGUUAUUUUGCCGAUUUAUGAAACUAGACAUUAAACAUUACCCAAUCAAGGUACAAUUCGAGUUUAGAAAUUGAUUCGUAUCUAUCUGAAAUGUUGUAAUGGGACAGUAAUGCAUUUAAAGUAAGCACAAUUUAAGUAUCGUCUAGAAAAUGUAAAUAGGUUUUAAAGUCAUAAACAUAA